AUGCGAAAGGAGAGCUUACGCGUCACGCGACUCCGCGACUUGGUUGAAAUUUCUCCCUACGGCUGGGAAGAAAAUUCCGACCGCAAGUGCGCCGUCUCCGAACUUGGCUCUGAACAAGGGCAGCUCUUCAAGAAGCUACUUCUCGAGUCCCCACACUUCCGUGUGUACUCUUACAACGUGCUUCCCAACGGUGAGCACUCCGUCAAGUUUUUGAUGGGCUCUCCGCGCAUGGACAGCUUGGACGACGUCGCUCGAGUGACCACCGUCGUGGCCAACGCGGAUGAAGGUCUCAUUAAUCUCGUGCCGGAGACGAAUGGCAACGGCUUCGUGGCAGAGAUUCGUUUUCCUUUGCCUCACUUGGAGACACGCACUAAGAAGAACGAGGGCAUGACGUCGCAGCAAAUCCGCGCGAGGCGUCUCACCGGCCUCGUUCGCGCUCUUGAAGAACAAAUCAUCGACGAAAGCCUCAUCUGUCUUAUGGAGAAGGGAAGCGAUGAUAGAUCGGUGUUCACCGGCGAAGCACGCCUGAAUAAGUACUUCACUGGCAUGCGCGCUCGUCCGAGUGAGUUACUUCAUCGCGGUACUUGUACUUCCUCCUCGCCCACUGAAGGCGCUCUCCAGGCGUCUCGGGACAUGCUUCUCAGAGUCUGGGAUCUCGAAGAACGCGCCGACGAACAGCUUUGCGAAGAAGUUCGAGAACGCGUCGAGAAUCUUUUCUGUGGCGGUAACGGCAGGAUGAUCAUUCAUCCUUCGGGCACGGACGCCGAGAUGGUCCCUCUUCUUCAAGCGAUUCUUGCUUCUCGUGCUAUGAAGCGCGCCGCGGGCCUGAGCGAAGUCAAGGGUAGCGUCGUGAGUCUCGUCGCUUGCGCUGGUGAAGUUGGAAGCGGUACGAAGCAAGCCGCUGAGGGUUGCUUCUUCUCAUCCACCGUUCCUCUCGGGGGAAACCGCGUCUCCAACGGUCAGUCCCUGCCAGCAAUCCAUAAGCUGUGCGAUAUGAAGACUGUCGAACUCGUCGCUCGAUGCACCGAGAAAGGCGAUCUUCUCACCAACUACGAUGAUUUGGUCGAGCAAGCUGCUCGUGAAACGCUCGGAGAGGACCCAUACCGUGUCGUGGUACUGCACACUGUCGCUGGAAGCAAGACCGGUCUCUGCGUGCCGUCGCCGAAUGUCGCCGAGAAACUCAAAGCUGAGUUCGGAGACCGCAUCAUCUCUUGCCUCGAUGCAUGUCAGAUGCGCAAUGGGCCAUCCUUGAUCCCUCGCUGGCUCGACGAGAUGGGUCCGGUUCUCAUGACGAGCUCCAAGUUCUAUGGAGGUCCCUCGUUCGGGAGCGGCGUGUUUCUGCCGCACGCGGAGUUGGCAAAGAUGAACGCCGAGCUCGAAGAAGAACCCGCGAGCGCUGUCGUCGACAUUGCCGAGGCGUGUGCGUCGUAUCUCACUUCGUACGAUAUCGGUCCCCUCAUGCCGCGCCUUCACAACGCCAUGCCGCCAGGUUUCUGCAACAUGGGCUUGCUCCUUCGUUGGGCCGCCGGUCUACAUGAGAUGGAAUCCUUGAAUGAAGCUAUCGUUAACGCCGGUGGAAACGACAUCGCGGCGGAAACGAUUCGCUCCUGGGUUUUUGCCACGCGUCGUGAAGCACAGCGCCACUCUCCACAAGUUGAAUUCGUCGAAGCCAUCGAUUACGAGAAUGAGUGGCAGUUUGGUGGCGUGAAUACGAUCAUCUCUAUUCGUCUUCGCAACUCUGCUGGAGAGUAUUACUCCACUCCUGAGCUGAAAAAGAUCUACAGUUUGAUGUUCUCCGAUAUCUCAGACCAUCUCGUGGAGGGAAGCUCCGAAGAAGAGCGCCGUGUCGCCUCUCAAAGGUGUCUCACCGGCCAACCGGUCGAUAUCCCGGAGGGACCAGUGUUGCGCGUCGUCCUCGGCGCCGCGCAGCUCGCGGACCUCUUAAACGGCACCCAAAAUCUUGAUGCUAUGAUGGAAGACGAACGAGUCGCUUUCCUCAAGUUUGCUUUGAUCGCACGUCAGUUCGAUCACUUGACAUCCUAUGAAUUGUAG